CACAUGGAACCAGGGAAUGAGACACAAAUUUCAGAAUUUCUUCUUCUGGGAUUAUCAAAGAAAAUAGAAUUUCAGCCCCUCAUAUUUGGACUUUUCCUCUCCAUGUACCUGAUCACUGUGAUUGGAAACCUGCUCAUCAUCCUGGCCGUCAGCUCAGACCCCCACCUCCACACCCCCAUGUACUUCUUCCUUUCCAACCUCUCCUUUGUAGACGUCUGCUUCACUUCCACCACCAUCCCAAAGAUGCUGAAGAAUAUACAGACAGAGAACAAAACAAUAACCUAUGAAGGCUGCAUCACCCAGAUACACUUUUUCCUGCUCUUUGCCACAAUGGAAAUCUUCCUCCUGACCGUGAUGGCCUAUGACCGCUUCGUGGCCAUCUGUUAUCCUCUGCACUACACAAUCAUCAUGAAUCCCCGGGUCUGUGGACUCCUGGCUCUGAUGUCCUGGAUGAUGAGUGUCCUGAAUUCCUUGUUACAAAGCUUAAUGGUGCUGUGGCUGUCCUUCUGUACAGAUUUGGAAAUCCCCCACUUUUUCUGUGAGAUUACUCAGGUGGUCCAACUUGCCUGUUCUGACACCUUUCUUAAUGACAUUGUGCUGUAUUUUGCAAGUAUGCUGCUAGGCAGUGUUUCCCUCACUGGUAUCCUCUAUUCUUACUCUAAGAUAGCAUCCUCCAUACGAAGAAUCUCAUCUGCUCAGGGGAAGUAUAAAGCAUUUUCUUCCUGUGCAUCUCACCUCUCAGUUGUCUCCUUAUUUUACUGUACAGCCUUAGGAGUGUAUCUUAGCUCUGGUACUACCCACAGCUCACAGUCAAGUGCAACAGCCUCAGUGAUGUACACUGUGGUCACACCCAUGCUGAACCCCUUCAUCUACAGUCUGAGGAACAAAGACAUAAGGAGGGCUCUGAGAAGAAUCAUUGGGAUGGCAGUUCUAUAUGGGCCAAUUGUCCUGGGGCUGAAGAAGUACCCAUGA